AUGCAAGCAGCAGGCCUGAGGCCGAAUCCGACAUCGUACACCGGGAUCCUGGAUGCUUUCUCCAAGAAGAAAGAUGUUUCUCUUCAGGAGGUCACGCAUUGGUUCCAUCAGAUGGUGAAUGACCAGCACUCCCCUGACGAGGCGGCAUUUUCUUGCAUGAUCUUCUGCUGUGCGAGGGCACGACGUCCCAAGGAAGCCGAGGCUUGGCUCCGGCGCAUGCAUGAAGCCGAGCUGAAGCCCGACUCCAGGUCCUUCAAUGGGGUGAUCGCUUCUGCGGCGCAGCUGGGGCAGAUGGAGUUGGCAGAAAAGUUCCUUCGGCAGAUGCUGGAAAGCAGUGUGCAACCCAACGUCAUGUCGUACACCAACAUUAUCAGCGCCUGUGCCAAGACCUCUAAUCGCCUUGGUGCGAUGCACUGGCUGCAAGAGAUGCGCGAAACAUCGCUGCCGCCCAACGUUCUGUCUUACACAUGCGCGAUUGAGGCAUGCCUGCGCCCUGGUCCUGACGUCCAAGAAAGCUGGGCAAAAGCGCUCGCCCUCCUCCGGCGCAUGCGUCAGGAAGGUAUCCAGGCAGACAGGAUCUUGCUGGGCAAGCUGCGGCGCCUUGUUGGUUCGGAGGCGGAAGAGGAGUUUCUUCGUGCAGCGACUUGA